AUGCGAUUUGCGAAUAAGUGCCGCAAAAAGAGUCCAACUACACGCUGCUCAGAAAUUCAAGAUCAAGCUUUAUCGGCAACGGAAUGCCGAAAUGCGCGUCAUUUUUGGAUCCGAGUCAUUCAAGCGGUGAUAUUUUCAAAGGAGUUUCAAGCACUUCGGAACAAUCAACCACUCCCAUCAGGAUCACCUCUCGCAGCACUGCGACCGUUUCUAGACGAAGAGGAAAUCAUUCGAAUCGGCGGACGCCUAAGACAUUCCGCACUCUCGUUCGCGGCUAAAAAUCCAAUAUUAUUAGCCCCUCAUCCGAUUGUCAAGCUUAUUCUACGGCACUCUCACGUUCGAGCCCUACACGCUGGCGUUCAACUCACCUUAGCCACAGUGCGCCAAGAUUACUGGGUUCUUCGGGCGCGAACGCAAGUCAAACAGAUUAUUCACCAAUGCGUUAACUGCGUGAGAGAAAAGGCCGAAAUUCCUGCGCAAUUAAUGGGCGAUCUUCCGCAAGCUCGAAUAUCUACGCCCGCUCGAGCGUUCAGCCACGCAGGAGUGGAUUACGCAGGUCCUAUCGUCACUCGCGCAUCAUCCGGUCGCGGAAUUACUGCACGAAAAGGUUAUAUCGUGCUAUUUAUCUGCCUGGCUUCCAGAGCUGUGCAUUUGGAAUUAGCGAGCAAUUACUCCACCGAAGCCUUUUUAGAUGCUUUCUCUCGCUUUUGCGCUCGACGCGGUCUUCCAUCCACAAUGUACUCCGAUAACGGUACCACUUUUGCAGGAGCCGACACCGUGUUAUCAAAAGCGUAUCAGAACGCAAUGCGUAAUCCCGAUUUCCAGAACAAAAUUGCGACUGAAAACAUUAUCUGGCACUUCAUUCCUCCUCACGCCCCGCAUUUCGGCGGGCUUUGGGAAGCCGGAGUUCGCAGCGUCAAAUAUCACCUGCGACGUAUUCUGGGCGCUCAUACGCUAACAUACGAGGAGUUUUCAACUCUCCUCUGUCGUAUUGAGGUCUGCCUCAAUUCUCGACCUAUCGGUCCACUCACAGAUAUUCUCGAUGACUACAGCCCCCUUACCCCGGGUCAUUUUCUAAUCGGCUCAUCAAUCACGGUGAAUCCCGAGCCGUCGAUUUUAUCCGUGAACGAAAAUCGCCUUUCUCGCUGGCAAUUAAUCCGCCAACUUACGGAGCGGUUUUGGAAAAUUUGGCAGACUGAUUAUGUCAAUACUUUGCAACAACGCAUAAAAUGGAGACAAGUGCAACCAUCUGUAAAAACUGACUCCAUGGUCUUAAUCCGAAACCCAUUACUUCCGCCGUGCAAGGGGAAUUAG